AUGAAGUUCCCUUACGGUUCUUCUAAUGAUGAUCUCCACGCUUUGGUCAAUCAGAUCAAGAGUGACAUUCAGUUGUCCACCAUUAAUUUUGAUCCUUACUCAUUUGUCUCUCCUUCUGCUUACGAUAUGGCUUGGUUAGCUAUGGUGGAAGAAGACCACAACGUAGAUGAUGAUGAUGAGCUUAAACCUAUGUUCCAAGAUUCUCUAGAUUGGAUUUUGUGUAAUCAAAAUGCCAGAGAGGGUUACUGGGGAAACUCCGGCUGUCCUACUCUAGUGUCUGAAGCCGGAGAAGACAGAGACGACAUGUACACUCUAACUUCCACUCUUGCUUGUGUUCUUGCUCUUCACAAAUGGAACAUUGGGGGUUUUCAUCUCCACAAAGGGAAGAGAUAUGUCGAAAGAAGAACGGAGAUGAUAAUUGAGAAAUACAACAACGAAGAGGGAUCUUAUCCUCGUUGGUUCAUUAUCAAAUUCACAGGAAUCCUUGAGCACGCUCAACAACUUGACUUACAUUUUGUUUUCUCUAGUCGCUGUAUUCAAAUGAUCAAAGAGGUGUUUUAUCAACGCCAAGAGAUUCUCAAAAGAGAAAAAUUGUUGGAUGAUUGUAACCAUAUACCUCUACUGGCAUAUCUAGAGGUCUUGCCAUCGAUGUUAUAUGUCGAAAACCAUGAAGACAUGAUAGUUAAGAGCCUCGACAAUAUCGAUGGCUCUUUAUUUCAGUCGCCUUCAGCAACUGCAUCAGCAUUUAUGAUCACCCGCAAUGCAAAGUGUCUUGCAUAUCUUCGAAAUGUCGUUCACAGAUUCCCAAAUGGAGUGCCACAAAAGUACCCUCUCAAUGAAGAACUCAUAAAACUCUCUAUGGUUAAUGUAAUCGAGAAUAUCGGUUUGGGAGAGUUCUUUGGUAGUGAUAUUGAACAUGUUCUUCAACAAGUUUACAGGAGUUACGAGGAAGAAAAUAUAGAGAGAAUGCCUAUCAGUUACCUAGCAGAUAAACUGCACAAAGACUCUCUUGCAUUUCGGAUGUUAAGAAUGCGAGGUCACACCGUUUCACCGAGAAGCUUUUGCUGGUUCUUGAAUGAUCAGGAAACUCGAAAUCAUUUGGAAAGAAAUACAGACUCUUUGUUCCUCGUCAUCCUUAGUGUUAACAGAGCCACAGAUCUCAUGUUUCCAGGAGAGCAAGAGCUUGAAGAAGCAAGAGAGUAUACUCGGAAUCUACUUGAGCAAAGUCGGUCCAUCGAUGAACGAAUGAUUAAGCAUGAAUUAAGUACUCCAUGGAUAGCUCGACUCAGACAUCUUGAUCAUAGGAUGUGGAUUGAGGACAAAAACUCAAAUGUUCUCUCAGUCGGAAAAGCCUCCUUUUUAAGACUACAUAAUAGAUACAUCAACAAGCUGACUUAUCUUGCAACAAGAAACUUCUUAUUUCGACAAGCAAUGUAUAGACGCGAGCUAGAGGAAUUAACAAUAUGGGUAAAGAAAUGGGGACUUAAUGAUUUUGGUUUUGGUAGAGAGAAGACAACAUAUUGUUACUUUGCAACUGCGACUUCAUUGCCCUUUGAAUCUGCCAUUAAAGUUGGAAAGCUUGCAGCGAAGACUGCCAUCCUCAUCACAGUUGCCGACGAUUUGUUUGAUGAAGAAGGUUCUUUGGAUGAUUUGGAAGCUCUUACUAAAGCCGUUAUAAGGUGGGAUGGAGACGAGCUUGAAGGUUACGGCAAAAUCAUAUUUAGGGCACUUGAUGAAAUAGUAAGAGAGACUACAGAGGCUUGCCGUAAGAAACACGGAACAGACAUUACAGUUCAGCUUCGCAACAUCUGGAGUGAAACUUUUGAAGCAGGGCUACGUGAAGCCGUAUGGAGUAAGAAGGGACAUAUUCCAUCGAUGGAAGAAUAUCUUCACAGUGGAAUGAUCUCAAUUGCAGCACACACCAUGGCUCUUUCAGUUUCGUGUCUCAUGGAACCUUGUUUUCCCCAACAAAAACUCAACCCUGGAAAAUAUGAUACGUUAACCAUAUCGCUCAUGAUCAUACCUCGACUUUUAAAUGAUCUGCAAAGUUAUCAGAGGGAACAAGAACAAGGGAAGAUCAAUUCCGUGCUACUCCACAUGAGGAAUACUUCAGGUCUCGAUAUUGAAAACUCAAUCGCUCAUAUCGAAAAGAUAAUCGAUUCAAAAAGGAAAGAGUUUCUGGAGCAUGUACUAAUGGAUGGACUAAGUGAUUUACCCAAACCGUGCAAAGAGAUUCACAUGUCUUGUUGCCGAGUCUUUGAGAUGUUUUUCAACAAGAAAAAUCGUUAUGAUUCCGACACAGAGAUGCUUCAAGACAUUAAGAAGGCUUUCUACGAUCCCGUGAAUGUAAAUGAACGCUCAGAGAUCGAGCCUAAGCCACUUGUACAUGGUGAUGAAUUUCGGAUGCUUCCUCUGCUGAUGAACCUGUCACCAAAGAUUCUUGAAUUUAAGAGGAAGGACGAAUACGGGGCGUUGAAAACAUCCAUGUGCUUGGGAAGAACAUCUCAUGCUCAUAAACGCGCCAUUGCCUUACAGCCUCUCAAGAUCGUUGCCUCGCAGAGUAUAGUGGUACCAAUGAUGCCAACAAAAUUCGCACCUUGCUUCUACUGA